AUGCAUACGUACAUAGAUUCCGAGAGAGGUCUGUGCUCGGCGCCGCCUCCGGGCGCCGACCGGCCCUCGGGCCGCCUGCCACCCUCAUCCCUUCCGGCAGGGGGCCGCCCCGAGCUCAGCUCGCAGCCGUUGGGGGCGGCCUGCCACGCUGCUUUGCGCCGGCAGGGGGCGGUGGCCGCUUCCACCUCUCGGCCGCGGCUCCUGACACUGACUGGUGAUCCCCGGCCUGCCCCCACAGCUGGCUGCACCUUCGAGGAGGACGAGGACGAGGUUCUGACAUGCGGGUACAGCCAGUCUGAUGACGAUGACUUCCAGUGGGAGCUCGUGAGCAGCUCCUUCACCCCCCGACCCUCCCCAGACCUGCCCCCUGGCUCCUAUCUGAUGGUCAACGCGUCCCGCCACACUCCCGGCCAGAGGGCCCGGGUGCUGCUGAGCCCCCUGAGCGAGAAUGACACCCACUGCCUCCGGUUCAGCUACCUCCUGUCCGGCUCGGACGGCCACAGCCCCGGCUCCCUCCGAGCCUUCGUGCGGGUCAACGGCGGUCCCCUGGGCGGCGCCGUCUGGGAGCUGUCCGGCUCUCAUGGCCACCAGUGGCACCAGGCCGAGCUGGCGGUCAGCACCUUCUGGCCCAGCCAGUACCAGGUGCUGUUCGAGGCCGAGGUGGCUGGUGGCCCCGGUGGCUUCCUGGGCCUGGAUGACAUUCUGUUGCUCAAGUACCCCUGCUCGGAGGCCCCACACUUCUCCCGGCUGGCGGACGAGGAGGUGAAUGCGGGGCAGAACGCCUCCUUUCAGUGCACGGCGGCGACGGAGGGGGCCGGGCCCGUGACCUUCCUCCUGCAGCGCCAGAGCGGCCCGGCGGAGCCGCUGGCCACGGUCCAGUCGGUCAGCGCCCGGCGCCUCCUGGCCACGUUCCGGCUUGACGGGGUGGGGCGCGCCCAGCGGGGUCACUACCGCUGCCUUUCCCAGGCCCCGCACGGGGCCGGGGUCUCUAACUUCGCCCAGCUGCUGGUCAGGGAGCCUCCGUCGCCCGCGGCGCCCCCGCAGCUGCUGCGGGCGGGACCCACCUACCUGCUGCUGCGGCUGAACGCGCAGCCGUUCGCCGGGGACGGGCCGGUGGUGCGGCGCGCCGUGGAGUACCGGCCGGCGCGGGGGGCCUGGGCCGAGCUGCACCCCGUCAGCGCCCCCACCUACCGGCUGUGGCACCUGGACCCCGACACCCAGUACCACGUCAGCGUCCUGCUGACCCGGCCCGGCCAGGGGGGCACCGGCCGGCCCGGCCCCAUCCUCGUCAGCAGGACCAAGUGCGCAGAGCCCAUGCGAGCCCCCAGGGGUCUGGCCGUCACGGAGAGCCAACCACGGCAGUUGCACCUGCAGUGGGAGCCACUGGGCUACAACGUGACUCGCUGCAUGCCUACCGUGGCCCUGUGCUACCGCUAUAACACCGGCGGUGCUUACAAUCAGACCUUCCAGGACUGCACGCCGGUGGAACCGGGCACCAGCAGAUUCACCAUCCACCUUCCGCCCCACCGGCACGUCCACGUCCGGCUGACUCUCUCCAACCCUGAGGGCCGCAAGGAGGGCCGGGAGUCGGUCUUCCAGACGGAUGAGGAUGUCCCUGGUGGAAUCAUGCCUGAGUCACUGACAUUUGCUCCUCUGGAGGAUGCGGUCAUCUUGAGGUGGGCACCGCCCAUGGAGCCCAAUGGCGUCAUCACACAGUAUGAGGUCAGCUCCCAGAGCAUCGAGUCCUCGGACCCAAUGCUGCAGGUGCCGGGCCAGCGCAGCACCAUCUCCAAGCUCCACAAUGAGACCUUCCAUGUGUUUGUCGACCUCCUGCCCGGCACCACCUACCUGGUCUCCGUGCGCGCCCGCACCACCAGGGGCUUUGGCCAGGCGGCGUUGGCCGAGAUCACCACCAACAUUUCCGUGCCCAGCUUUGACUACGCAGACAUGCCCCCGCCGCUGGCCGAGACUGAGGACACCAUCACCGUGCUGCUGCGGCCAGCACGGGGCCACGGUGCCCCCAUCAGCCUGUACCAGGUGGUGAGGAGGAGAGGCCGCCCCCGGGAUGAGCCAGAUCAGACUCGCUGUUUUCCGGCGGCUCUGCCCUUCUCCAUGGCCCUGGCCCGAGGUCUGGGAGUCUACGUCGGGGCCGAGCUACCAGCCAGAAGCCUCCAAGUGGCCAUGCCCUUCACUGUGGGGGACAAUGGCACCUAUGGAGGCUACUGGAACCCUCCGCUGGAGCCCCGGAAGGCAUACCUCAUCCACUUCCAGGCCACCAGCCGUCUGCGGGGGGACACCCGGAUCAAUUGUGUCCGUAUUGCCCGCAAAGCGGCCUGCAAGGACAGCAAGCAGCCCCUGGAGGUGGCCCAGGGCUCGGAGGAGGUGGGGCUGGUCCUGGGCAUCUGUGUCGGGGCCCUGGUAGGGCUGAUUCUGCUCCUGGGGGUCAUCGUCUUUGCUGUGCGCAAAGGCAGGAAGCCCUUCCGCCUGGCCAUGGCCGUCACCUGUGGCCGCCACGAGAAGGCCUGCAUGAUCAGCGCAGCGGACCGCAGCUUCAUGGACCAGAGCACCCUGCAGGAUGAGGAGCGGCCGGGCCUCUCCUACAUGGAAUCCCUCAACCCUGGCAGCUGGGGUGACCCACACAGCAGCUUGGUCAACGAGUCCAGUGGCCUCCUGGGAGGGUCUCUACACCACUCGUGUGGCCGCCAGGUCUCACCCUACCCCACAGGGCAGCUGCACCCCGCCGUCCGUGUGGCCGACCUACUGCAGCACAUCAGCCAGAUGAAGACGGCCGAGGGUUACGGCUUCAAGCAAGAGUAUGAGAGCUUCUUUGAAGGCUGGGACAUUGCCAAGAAGAGAGAGAAAGCCAAGGGGAGGCAGGAGCAGCUACUGGCUCACGAGCGGCAUCGAGUGAAAUUGCACCCGCUCCUCGGAGACCCCAACUCGGAUUACAUCAAUGCCAACUACGUUGAUGGUUACCACAGGUCAAACCACUUCAUCGCCACCCAAGGGCCGAAACAGGAAAUGGUCUAUGACUUCUGGCGGAUGAUAUGGCAAGAGCACUGUUCCAGCAUCGUCAUGAUCACCAAGCUGGUGGAGGUGGGGCGGGUAAGGGGUGAUAAUGUGGUCGGCUACUGGCCGGACAUGUCCGAAGUGUACGGGGACAUCAAGCUCGCGCUGGUGGACACAGAGACCCUGGCCGAGUGUGUGGUUCGCACGGUCACCCUGGAACGGCGAGGCUACUCGGCCCGGCACGAGGUCCGGCAGUUCCACUUCACCUCUUGGCCAGACCACGGGGUCCCGUAUCACGCCACAGCUCUUGCCUUCAUCCGGCGCGUCACAUCCACUCCACCGGAUGCUGGCGUCGUGGUCCACUGCAGUGGCGGCACCGGCCGGACCGGCUGCUACAUCGUCCUGGACGUGAUGCUGGACAUGGCGGAGUGCGAGGGAGUGGUGGACAUCUACAACUGCGUGCGGACCCUCGGCUCCCGGCGCUGCAGCAUGAUCCAGACUGAGGAACAAUACGUCUUUGUCCACGGCAUCCUGGAAGCCUGCCUGUGCGGGAGACGGCCAUGCGCAGUGACAGACUUCCAGUCCGCAUACAGGGAGCUGGUCCGCCUGGACCAAGCCAACACGUCCCAGCUGCGGGAGGAGUUCCAGACCCUGAUCGUGACCCCCGCGUUGGCUCGGGAGGAGUGCAGUGUCGCCCUGUUGCCCGCAACGGCCGAAAACCGCGUCCAGGACGUGCUGCCCCCUGACCGCUGCCUGCCCUUUCUCGUGGCCUUGGACGGGCAUACCGGCAACUACAUCAACGCAUCCCUGGUCGACGAUGGAGGGGCGGGGAGGGGCUGGAGCUAUACCCGAAAUGCAGCCUUCAUCAUCACUCCCCACCCAUUACCUGGCACCACCAUCGACUUCUGGAGGCUCGUGUUCGAUUACGGCUCCACAACGAUCGUCAUGCUCAACCAGCUCAACCCUCCAGCGCUGCCCUGCCUGCAGUACUGGCCAGAUCAAGGGCUCCAGCAGUUUGGCCCAAUGGAGGUGGAGUUCCUGGCAGGGUCAGCGGAUGAAAACCUGGUCACCCGCCUCUUCCGGCGUCCGAAUCGCACCAGGCUGCAGGAGGGGCAUCUGAUGGUCCGGCACUACCAGUUUCUGAGCUGGCCUGCCUUCCGCGAGACCCCCGAAACUGCGGCCUCCUUCCUGCACCUCCUAACCGCCAUGGAGAAGUGGCAAGCAGAAACCGGGGAAGGCCGGACGGUGGUCCACUGCCUGACCGGAGGUGGGCGCAGCGGGACCUUCUGUGCAUGUGCCAUGGUUCUGGAGAUGAUUCGCUGCCACAGCCUGGUGGACGUCUUCUUUGCCGCCAAGAUGCUGCGCAACUACAAGCCAAAUCUGGUGGAGACCCUGGAACAGUAUCAUUUCUGCUACGACUUCGCCCGGGAGUUCCUGCAGGUCCCGGAGAGCAGAUAGCACCCCCUCAACGCCCCUUCUGGCCUGGGCCCGCCCGGCCCCACCCGGCACGCGGCCAGACUGAGCCCCCGCCGCGGCCGUGACUCAAGUUUCCAUUUUCACGUGGCUGCAGGCACACUCGCUUCAUCAAUCAGGAGGCGACAGGAGAGCUGAUGGAGGGAGGGUUGGGGGGGAGGCUCUGAUCCAGUGGAAUGCGCCAGGCGAGUCUCAGAGACCGAGGGGGGAUGAGAGGGGAACCACCACCCUCCCAGAACACCAGCAUCGGCUCCAGAGUUCCCCUGCCACCCGUCUGCCUGCUCGGCCCCAACCUGCUCCCCAGACAAGAGACCUGCCCUCCUACCCUCCCAUCCCACCUCCCCCCCCCAGAGACUCAGACUCCUCAUACUCUCCACUGCCCAUCCAUCCCUCUAUUCCUUCUUGUCCAACAUCGUGGCUGGUUGGGCCAUAUGGCUGUGCCCCUGGGUCUGGUGCCUCCGCAGUUAGACAGGAGCCAGUGGGUCCUAAGGAUCGAGGCAGCAGGUGUGAGGGCAAUGGGUGUGAGGGCAAUGGGGUGGGGAAGGGCCUGAGGACUGGUCUGACUUUGGGAUAGGGGCUCUGGCCCCCUAUAGUGUCCCUAAUACAGCCAGUCCAGCGGGAAAUGUCUCUUUAAUUCCAGCCACCCUCUUCUCCCAGUGCCCUUGGGCAAGUAGCAGUCUGCAAGGCAGCACUGUGGGCCAGGGGAGGCCCAGACCCUAAUGGAGGGGAUUAUACCCCAAAAAGUAGUGUUACCUAGCAAAGCAGCAUGGCCUAGUAGAAGAGCACGGGCUUGGGAGUCAGACGACCUGGGUUCUAAUCUCAGC